AUGGACGAAGUCUCCACGUUUAUCAACCUAUAUUCUCUCAACAUCAUUCCCCUUCGCGUUGUUUUGGCGUCAUUGACAUGGGUUCUCCAUGACUAUCUUGUGACCCUUUAUGACGAGAUGAAACUAGUUUGGCCCCAGCGGUGGAGCUUUGGGAAGAUAAUGUUUUUAUGGAUUCGUUAUUAUACGGUCGCUCUUUUGAUUUUCGACACUCUCCAAAUACACCUCUUCGCUCGACCUGGCGUUGUCAAUGAUGACCUGUGUGUGGCUAUGGAUCCAAUCACCCGGCUGGCCGGUGCGAUUAGUUUAUGGUCCAUCGAAAUUGUCAUGCAAGUCCGCAUCUACGCAUUAUAUCGGUGCUCGAAGAAGAUAGCUCUUUUCAAUGGCAUAUUGUUUUUGGGUUCCAUUGGAAGCUUCUUAUGGAUCAUGGUCCAUAAUUUCCUGCGCAGGAGGGCCUUGAUCGCAGGCGCGAUGCAUUUACCGCUUCCUGGAUGCCCAUCCAUUAACGGUGGGAUACAGUGGGCUCAAUGGGUUCCGGCAACAGUGUUUGAGGGUGUACUCCUCUGCUUUGCGCUUUACAAGACGUACAAAACAUGUUCCGAUCACAUACGAUUCCAGAAGCGCGUGACGCUGUCAGAUGUUCUCCUCCACGAUAACAUCCUCUAUUUCUUUGCUGUCACCAGUUUGCUGAUUUUCAACAACUUGAUGGUUGUUGGAGCGACUCGCAUUCCAUGGUUUGGAUUUGGUCCUUUUCACGCUGCACUGGGCAUCAUCACCACACGAAUGCUUCUCCAUCUCAUCGAGUACGCAAACUCCACCCAAAUUUUUGGGGACAGCAGUGGGCACAUAAAAACAGAAAUAUUUGAUGCGAUUUUUGCGGUUCGUUCCGCUGAGGAUUCCGACCUUGAAACAACAAAUUUGAUGAGUGCAGUAUUUGAUACCGACCUGGAAAGGCAAACAUCCGGGCUAACCUCGCCGGAGCAUCAGUCGAUGUCUGAAGUCUCACGCCGCACUGCAGGCCCAAGUACCAUUUCCCAUCUUUCGAGCGUUGCUUCGUCCGAGUCAAGUUCGAUAAUACCGAGAUGGUACCGGAUUUACUGGAGGGGCGAGGGGUCAUGA